AUGUUUCUUCGUUUUUCGCCUUCGCUUUCGCUACCGGCUCUCGCACUUCUCUUUCUGUUGGGGUUUACAGAUCCGUGUCGCGCCGAGGCGACCUCGGAAAUAUUUCAGUGGGCUUUCGAUAGCAACUCUGUGUCAUCAACGUUGGAAUCAUGCCAUGAAUUCGGUAUCCUCGUCAAGCCUUACGAUCCUAAUAACGAUACCCAUGGUGUACCACCAUUUUAUAUGAGAGCUUAUGAGAAGGGCGGUGGAUUGAUAACUUCGCUAUUGGGACAGAAUGAAAGCAAUCUAACGUGGACGGUCAACAACCCCGUUGGUUCCGAGAUACUGCUUAAUGUCAUCGAUUCUGAAGGAUCUUCUGGAGGAAAUGCGCCCAAAUUAUUCACGGUCGGCACGGGCACAACAACGAACUGCAUUACCGAAACAAAUUCUACUACAUUCACGGUCACUUCUAACGUUACGGCAACCGAAUUGCAGCCUUGCCAGCCAUGGGGGCUGCGAAUAAAAGGCGGCAUUCCUCCCUAUAAUAUUUCUUUAGUACAGACCGAUUCUCCUGUGGUCACGAAUGUGACCACGGGAGGAGAUGAUGAUGCUUACACCUACAUCAAUCGAGCGACGAGCGGUCAAAUCAUGUUAGCUGGUGUUUCUGAUUCCGCCGGUGCUGUAGCUUGGGGGACACCAUCCAUUACGCCAACUGGCAAUACUGACAUUGAUUGCGGUUCGCUUCAGAGCGGGAGCGGGAACGCCACUGCCUUGGACGCCGCCGCUGCAGCAGCGGCAAACGCGGGCAAAAACAAGAACCAUGCGGGACUUAUCGCUGGGGUUGUCGUAGGCGUCUUGGCCUUCCUGCUGUUAGUUACAGCAGGCUGGUUCUUCUGGCGCCGAAGACGACAAGCCCAAAAGACGAACACAGAGAUUGAUCCUGACGUCACUCCGUAUAUGCCAGUGAGCCCUAUGUCCGAUAACAGCAGCCAAGCUAUGACCAUCAACGCCUUUGUUGGACAUACCCCCGUCUUGCCCCACACGCCAAAAUCACCUUCUUACAGUAACGGGUCAACUACCAUGUCCGAUGUGUCCAGGUCUCCGUCCUCCGGUGUCAGUUCCCUGCCUCCCUUUGAUCCUCGUCGUUUGAUGGAAGAUGGAACUGAGGGAACCUAUCAAACCGCGUCCCUGUCGUCAUCUGCCUCAGUUCGACCCGGUUUCACCAACUUCCCCCAAUCGUCCAUCCGCCGACCGAGUAAAACUGCGGAAGGAGGGUUGACUACCGCAGAGCCGGAUUCGUCGGUUUCUGAGUCGAUUGGGUCAGCGGGAGGCGUACAGCGUUCACAGUCGGCUAUGCCUCCUUCGUCGAACGGAGCGUAUGACCCAUGGCCUGCGCGGCCUGCGUCGUACGGUACACGCGAGAAUGUCACUUCGACAGGCGAAGGAGAAUUGAUCAUCCAGCAUCGGGAUGGAGGUACUGUGCGGGAGCUGCCUCCUCCCUAUGCAGAUCGCUUUUCACAGAACCGCGUAGAAGAAACCCCUUCAUGA